GCUCAUCCAACGCUUAAAGGUGGACUCGGGUUAAGCUCCAAAUAUCUAACGUCAACGAAAAAAACCGUAUAUGAUAAGCAUUUGACGACAAGCCUAAGUGAAUAUAAGUGGCAUUUAAAAGCAUCUGCAGGAGUUGCGUCUUUUAUUUGAGGUUAGUUUAAGUUUCAAGGCUUCUUUCGCUCACGCAGUGGGAAUGGACAUUACUGGCUAAACAGCUGGCAAGCAUUGAGACAUUAAGAUUGAUUGAUUGGUGCACCCCUCUCUAAAGUACGGGCUGGAUGUUAAGAGAGAUCUAUUGACAAGAGAGAAAGUUUCGUUGGAUAACAUUAGGUCGUAUCAUUCACGAUGGUGGAUGCAGCUGAAUGUUGCGUGAAGGUGAUGUGCCGAUUCAGGCCACUUAACGAAUCAGAAAUCAACAGAGGUGACAAAUACAUACCAAAAUUCAAAGGAGAAGACACCGUCGUUAUUUCGGGGAAGCCAUAUGUCUUUGACCAAGUCCUUCCUCCGAACACAACACAGGAACAAGUAUAUGACAACUGUGCCAAACAAAUUGUAAAAGAUGUGCUGGGUGGCUAUAACGGGACCAUUUUUGCCUAUGGCCAAACCUCAUCAGGCAAGACUCACACUAUGGAGGGACAACUUCACAGCCCUCAGCAGAUGGGUAUCAUCCCUCGCAUUGCACAGGACAUCUUUGACCACAUCUACUCUAUGGAUGAAAACCUCGAGUUCCAUAUCAAGGUCUCUUAUUUUGAAAUCUACCUGGAUAAAAUCAGAGACUUACUUGAUGUUUCCAAAACCAAUCUUGCUGUACAUGAGGAUAAGAACCGGGUGCCCUUUGUCAAGGGUUGCACAGAACGCUUUGUGUCCAGUCCAGAGGACGUCAUGGAUGUGAUCGAUGAUGGAAAAGCCAAUCGUCAUGUGGCCGUCACGAACAUGAACGAGCAUAGCUCCCGCAGUCACAGCAUUUUUCUCAUUAAUAUUAAGCAGGAGAAUGUGGAGACUGAGAAGAAAUUGUGUGGGAAGCUCUACCUGGUGGAUCUGGCUGGAAGUGAAAAGGUCAGUAAAACCGGAGCAGAAGGAUCUGUAUUGGACGAGGCUAAAAAUAUCAAUAAGUCUCUUUCUGCUCUGGGGAACGUCAUCUCAGCCCUGGCUGAGGGAACUAAAACUCAUGUGCCGUACAGAGAUAGUAAAAUGACCAGGAUUCUUCAGGAUUCUUUGGGUGGGAACUGCAGAACAACCAUCGUCAUCUGCUGCUCUCCCUCCAUAUUUAAUGAGGCUGAGACCAAAUCCACUCUCAUGUUUGGCCAGAGAGCAAAAACCAUCAAAAACACAGUUUCUGUUAACAUGGAACUGACAGCUGAAGAAUGGAAGAAAAAAUAUGAGAAAGAGAAAGAGAAGACCAGGGGUCUGAAAAUCAUCAUCCAGAGACUAGAAAAUGAGCUCAAAAGAUGGCGGAAAGGUGAGACUGUACCUGCUGAAGAGCAACUCAACAGCAAAGAAUCCAAGAAUUCUGAAGCCGCUCCCAUAAUUGACAAAUCGGCUCCACCCCCUGAGCCUCUUUCAGAUGCAGAGAAAACCCAAUACGAGGAACUGAUCAAUGACCUGUAUCAGCAGCUAGAUGACAAGGAUGAUGAGAUCAACCAGCACAGUCAGCUGGCAGAGAACCUGAAGCAGCAGAUGGCAGAUCAGGAUGAGCUCCUGGCAUCCACACGACAUGACUAUGAGAAGAUCCAGGAAGACCUGAGCCACUUGCAGCAUGAGAACGAGGCGGCUAAAGAGGAAGUGAAAGAGGUGCUUCAAGCCUUAGAGGAGCUGGCAGUGAACUAUGACCAGAAAAGCCAUGAGGUGGAGGAGAGGGGAAAGACAAACCAACAACUUUCAGAGGAGCUUGUGCAGAAAAGUGCAGCUCUAGUUGGUGUGGAGAGGGAUUUCGCUGCUCUGCAGGAACUGAGUGGACAUCACAAGAAGAGAUCAGCAGAGAUCCUCAGUCUAUUGCUCCGAGACCUCAGUGAGAUUGGCAGCGUUAUUGCCUUGAGUGACCAAAAGAUGACAGAGGUGAAUGGAGGAAUGGAAGAGGAAUUCACCAUGGCACGUCUCUUUAUAAGUAAGAUGAAGUCAGAAGUGAAGUCUCUGGUCAACCGCAGCAAACAGCUCGAAAGCGCACAGACUGAUACAGUGUGCAAAAUGCAGGCCAACGAGAAAGAGCUCGCUUCCUGCCAGCUCCUGAUCUCUCAGCAUCAGGCCAAGAUAAAAUCCCUUACAGACUAUAUGCAGAACAUGGAGCAGAAGAAGAGACAACUGGAGGAAAGCCACGAUUCACUGACGGAGGAGCUUGCUAAACUCCACGCAAAAGAAAAGAUGCAUGAUGUGUCAGUUCUUGAUAAGGAAAAGGAACACAUGAGCAAAAUCCAGGACGCUGUGGAGAUGAAGAAAGCCCUGGAACAGCAGAUGGAAAGCCACAGAGAGGCUCAUCAGAAGCAGGUCUCUCGUCUCCGAGAUGAGAUAGAAGAGAAACAGAGGAUCUUGGAUGAGCUGAAGGAUUUGAAUCAGGCUCUACAGCUUGAACAGAAGCAGCUUAUGUCGGACUAUGAUAAGCUCAAACAGGAGGAACAGAAGAAGGAUGAGAGACUACAGAAGCUUGUUUUGUUGAACGAGAAGAAGGAGCAAGCCAAAGAAGAUCUCAAGGGUCUGGAAGAGACUGUUGCCAAAGAGCUCCAGACUCUCCACAAUCUGCGCAAGCUGUUCAUCCAGGAAAUCAGUGACCGAAUUGGACGAAGUAUGGAACUGGAUGCUGAUGAAUCAGGGGGAAGUCUGGCACAAAAACAAAAGAUUAUUUUCCUGGAGAACAAUCUGGAACAGCUCACUAAAGUCCACAAGCAGCUGGUACGUGAUAAUGCAGACUUGAGAUGUGAGCUGCCUAAACUUGAGAAGCGCCUACGUGCAACCACUGAGCGGGUGAAAAUUUUGGAGUCUGCUCUGAGAGAGGCAAAAGAAAGUGCCAUGAGAGACCGUAAGCGGUACCAGCAAGAGGUGGACCGCAUCAAGGAGGUCAUCCAAGCGAAGAAUCAGGCCAGGAGGAACCACACUGCACAAAUUGCCAAGCCUAUUCGUGCUGGACAUCAUCAUCCAGUGGCUUCUGCCUCAUCAGGCCACACUGUCAGAGGAGGUGUCUCCAGCCCACGACGACACUACCAUCAGCACCAACAACAACAGCAGUAUCACCACAGGACCAAGUGAAAACAGGCCAAGGUUGAAGAAAAUGUGUGGCAUCAAGAGUACGUCUUUUUCAGCUGUUUUCCUUCCUUUUCAAUGAGGAAAAAAAACUACUGUCAUCUUUUACGAAGACUUCUCAAGUUAACUUGCUGUCCUUACCAUUACCUCCACACAUUCAUCCUGUUUAAGUUGGAUCCUUCCCUCCAUUUAUUCAUCAGUCCUGAAUGGGGAUCUGAGAUCGGUGGACUCUUCCAUAAUUAAACAUUCACAGAAAUGGGCAAACUCAGACCCACACUUUUAAGACAAAGUGAUAGUGUCUUUUAAAUUGAAGUGCUAAAUUUAUAUAAGUGCUAUUUUAUUGCUUGUUUCAUGUUCUGACACUUCCUCUGUCUUUCUCUCCCUCUCUAUGGUUUCUUUCUACCCUGAGUCACUUUGUAUUUGAAAAAGUCUUCAAUGUUGGUGUCACAUUCUGAUUAUAGUAAUUCAACUCAACUUUCAUCAUAGAUGCCAGGUUAGUUUCCAUCAAAGGAAAUAACAGUCUUGGAAGAUAAAUUUGCAUAGAUGAAACACUGUCACCAAAACAGCAUUAGAAGACAUUUUACACCCCUGGAGUAACAUUAGGGCCAUUCUGUGGUUCUCUUAAUUGGCACUAAUUCUUUCAGUUUUAAUGGCCACUGAGAACAUGCAGUGACAUGACUGGGGAAUGUAGUUUAGGAACACACACAUUGCUUCGAGCAUAAUGCUGAAUGAUUUAAUUAUUUAUAAUGCUUCAAUGACUGAAAAUACUUUUACUGGAUGUUAAUUUUUUAUAUUUAUUAUUUAUUUUUAUAUACAUUGAGUGAUUUCAUUUUAUUUCCAAAUUCUAUUUUUUACUUUUUGUAUAUUAAUUUUAAGUUCCUCACUUAGAGCCAGGGCAUCAUGCAUACAUGUUUUAUACAGAUACCAAUAUGGGUGCUUUGGAAAUGUUCUUUGCUGUAAUUUACACUUAAAGGUGCUCUGGAGCAAACAUCAGGAGUCAUGUAAAGAUUUCUUGACAAUAUAUUCUUGAUACCUAAACUUGCCUGCAUGCAAGGAAAUCAUGUAAGGAAAGACAAAGUCAGAGACAUUACAGUUUCACAUUUGAAAAGAACAAAUACAUCUGAGAUAGCAAAUUACCCUGGAGAGGAUUUUACAGCUAAUUCCAUUUACUUAUUUACUGAAUUAAACUUUAGAAAAAUUAUACUUUUUUAUCAUAGUAUCAUUAUUUAUCAUUUGUUCAUUUUUAGUAGUUUAAGCACGAAGUAAUUUUCAGGAUUUUUAUUAUUAUUUUUCCACCCUAAAACUGAUGGUGUAGACCAAACAGUAAGGCCUAGAGACUUCAAACUUUGGGGAAUGGUAGUACUCUGGCUGGUUAAUCAUACGCAUGGACUCACCCCGAUAGGGGGUGCUAAAAUUAGGGCAAAUGCGUUUUGGGCCAUAACUCCUUAUAUCAUUGCAAUCCUUUGCUCAGGAAGAAAAAAAUGGCCAUCUCCAACUUUAUUUCCACCAUGAAAAAUGUUCUGCUAUUUUGGAUUUUUCUAAAAACAUACUUUUUCAAAUUAGUCCUUGGCUGUUUGCCCGAUUGAAACCAAACCAGUGCAGAAAGGUUCUCUCGUGUCCCAAUAUCAAUAAUUAUCAAAAAAAAAGUUUGAACUUUCGAUUCACUGUCACAACAAUACGCCAAAACAUACAAAUUCAAAAAUAAUUUACGACCAGGAGGCACUAUCGUGUUUUACAUGCGUGUACAUGAUUGUAUAUACAGCGGCGUUUCAUACAGUUAUUCAUAUUAUAUGAUAGCACUCCUCAUUCUGAACAACUUUGCCUCAAGAACCAUUGAUGUGAAUUGAAUCGUUUGUUAAAUAUUUAAGAUUAUAUAUAUAAAAAAAACAAAAACUACUUUUUCAAGCUAGUCCUAGGCCAUUCACACGAUAGGAAACAAACCAGUGCAUAGAGAUUCUCUGGAGUCCCAAUAUCAAUAAUUGUCAAAAAGGUUAACUUUCAAUUGAUUGUCGCAACAGUACGCCAAAACACAUGAAGUGGGUGUGGACACUUUUACUUAAAUGGUUAUAACUCUUGAACGGACUGAGAUAUUUUCACCAAAUUUGGGACAUUUAUGUAGGAGGUCAAUCUGAGGACACAUGAAAAAAAAAAACAGAGGCCACCAUUGCCUUUUUGUGGCGCUAAAACAGUCAGGAAUGUAAAUAAUGCCAUAUCUCUGUGCGACCUAACCUGAUGGUUCUGAAAAUUAAGGUGCUUUAUCAUUGUUUUAGACUGUCCAAUUAAUACUCAAUAUCUGUCACAUAUUUACUUAAAAGCCCUUAAACUCUUGAACCCGUUAAUUGCUGCUUGCAGUUAUAUUUACUUUUGAUAUUGCUCUAAGGUCAUAAAAAUACAAAUACAUCAACACAAAUUCACAUUGUUGAGAAUCUCCCCUGUCAAAUUAACUCCUUCACUUACAGAAUCAAAGUAUCCCCCGUUUUGUUCUUCUUUUGACAAUCUUCUAAUGUAAAGUGCACAAACACUAGUGAUUUACCCAGGUGUCGUGUUUCUUUGUAUCUAGUACAAUGUUCUUGUACUAUGAUUUUCCUUGCACAGCUCUAUGGUGGUGAUUUACUGUACUGCACACACAGACCUCUAUUACAGUAUGUGUUUGUCUUCAGGUUCUUGUUCAUCAGUGUUUUAAAGUUUCUGUACUAUGAACUUUACCUCUGAAAAUGAGAUAUCAGAGAACAUGGAAUAAACUUUAAAUGGUUUAGUCGGUUUAUAGGUGAAAGGAUAUGCCACAACAAGGAUUUAAAACGAAUGUUUGUUACAAUAUAUCAAGCUUAAAGCACACAAGUUUAAUAACAGGGUUUCAGCUUCAGAGUGUAACACUCAUUUAUCAGAUGUUGUGGAAUAAAUAAAAGUUUACUGAAUGUA